GGUCAACUAAACCGUUUAUCUCGGUAGUUGUUUUCCAUUUGACACAGUUAUACGAGAGGCUUCCCCAGGGACCGAUCACACGAUGGUAGCCCCGAGCCCAAGCGUACAACUCGUAGAAGAAGGCUCGAACGUACGACUUGUAGAAGAAGGGGACCGGAAUGCUGGAGAGCAUAAUGACGCCUCAUCGACGCGUGAAGAGGUGCAGAGCAACCCAGAUCUCUACGCCCCGCCAGCAUACACAGUCAUGACCACAUCAGGCGAGGAAAGCCUCGACGCGGAAGCUUUCACACCUGAAAAAACUCCCCUUCUCGAGCGAUCCCAGUCCGCGAAUCGAAACGACCGGCCAUCUCCAUCGUACACACCUGAAGGUUCAGCUUCUGGCUCUCGAGUCGAACGGCCAUCCUCGCAAGGUUCCUCCCAAGUCAUAUCUGCCCGGAAACUGGUAGAGUGGACGAACGACAACGCGAAUGCUAUCCGAUGUAGUGUUCUCAACGACCGGCCAGCCACAUGGACUGUGAAGAAGAAAAGGGGGAUGGCGCUGUGUCCAUUAGCCGCGGCCGUGCUGCUACGAGAGGGAAUCCUCAGCACCAAACAUCUGCAACUCGUACCAUCGCUACUUGAUCGUCCGUCGUCAUCCCCAAGAUGCGACCCACACGAUCCCACAGACCCUCUGUCAGCUGUCAUAAUAAGCAGCUACGAUGUCAUCGGAGAUGUUUUGCUCGGGGCUGUUGGAGGGCCGAUAGAAGUAGGGCAAAAGCUUGGGCCCCAGGGACGCGAGAUGGAACGCAAUGCAGCACUGGCUCGCCUGGCUCAAGGAUCAACGUGGUCGCGGGAGAACCCGACCGAGAAUGCGCUCAUGGUGGGUCCGAAGGCCAUCGUGCAUUACGGUGUCGGCACGUACAAGGGUUGUCGAAAGAUAGUUGAGACAUGCAUCAAGACUCCCAUGAUCUAUACGCACAGUUUGACGAGGGGUUUCCACAACACACCGAAACUGUAUGGAGAAAACUUGAGGACACGUGAAGAGGUGUUCGACUUGAAAAGUGGACUGGUAGUCGGAGGAAAGACACUUGUUCUCGGCACAUAUGACGGUAUAAAAGACUUCUUCUGGAUGCCCGUCAAAGGUGCGCGGGAAGAAGGCGUAGUAGGAGCGGGCAAAGGCUUCUGCAAAGGUAUCGGUAAUAUGAUGUGCAACUUUGGCGAAGCUGCUUGCGGAACUAUUGGCUAUUCAUCCUACGGCAUCUACAAAGAAAUCCAAAAUUCGGCCUCGGGCGGGAACCUGCCGGCCCGGAAUGUGGUCCUUACUCUAGGGGAAGCUGAAUAUGAACAAGCCAACGAGGAAGAGCGGCGGAAUGUGAUCAAGCGGUGGCUUCAGGUGCAAAUGAGGCAAAUGUAAUGGAUUGGGUAUCGUAGAAUUAUAUAUUAUCUCAC